AUUACUACACUGUAACUCCACUGUGGUAUUGCUACUGUGCAACAUUUUACUGCUGUAAAUAUUUAGGGUAAAUAAUUUUUAUAGCCGAUGUAAGGAGUGCAAAUAUGUAACGUGCAGUAUUUAUGCAAGAUGUGUUUUCAUUAAAUAUAGUGAUGUAACACUGUGAAGUAUUCACAACACCGUACUGUUAGUGCGGCACCACUGACCUGGGAUCUGAUUUAUCUCAACGAUAUUAACAACACCGCCCACUGUCUCUGUGUUAGUGACCGCUGAUGUUACCAUGGCAACUGCAGCUUCCUCUCCCAGCAUGCACUAGCAACAGAGCAGCCCGCCCCCCGACCAUCACCACCUCAGAGAACGGAAGCAGGUGGAAGUCCAGAAGGGUGGAGCAGCAGACAGACGGACAGCAGCCAGGAGGAGUAAUGAUGGAUGGAUACUCCCCCCUGGGAGGUGGCCCCGCCCCUAAAGCGUCGGACGUGACAGGAGAAAAAGCAGCUGUGAAGGAAACUACGGAAGAAAAUACGAAGGCCUCCAGGACAGCAGGAGGCACCAGAGCAGCCAAGAUGAUCUCAGCCAAGAGUACAGAGUCAGUAGAUGGAGUCAGCAGUCCAGGAAGCCGUUCUCCUGCCAGUCGAUCCUCCACUCCGAACAGAGACAUCAAGAAGGUAGCAGUGGUCCGGACCCCCCCCAGGUCUCCCAGCUCUGCUCGUGGACGAACCCCCCCCCUCCCCUCCCACCCCAUGCCCGACCUCAGCAAUGUGAAGUCGAAGGUUGGAUCCACUGAGAACCUGAAACACGUACCUGGAGGAGGGAAGGUUCAGAUUGUUAAUAAGAAGUUGGAUCUCAGUAACGUCACAUCAAAGUGUGGCUCCAAAGACAACAUCCACCACAAACCAGGUGGAGGGAAACUGGAGAUUAAAUCAGACAAGUUGGAUUUUAAAUCUGUUCAGUCUAAAGUCGGUUCUCUGGAGAACGUCGCUCACGUUCCAGGAGGAGGGAAGAGGAAGAUCGAGAGUCAGAAAGUGAGCUUCAGAGAGAACGCCAAAGCUCGAACUGACCACGGUGCUGACAUCAUCACCCAGCCUCAAUCCUCCCCUGGUCGCCUUAGCAACACUUCCUCCCCAGGAAGCCUUAAUGCUGCUGAAGCUCCGCCCCUCGAUAGCCUGGCCGACCAGGUGACUGCCUCCCUUGCCAAACAGGGCCUGUAAUUGGUCAGCCCACCCCCUCCACGUAUCAAGGAACCUGAUGGAAGACAAAACAGAUCCCCAUCUGUCUUUUUCCUCAAGACCUUCACCUGAUAUCACACAAACAAGAUUGGAGAGAUUUUAUGGAGUUAAAGUCUGAGCUUCUGAACGCAACUCUUCCAGAUUUAUGUCCAGAUUAUCAGCCAAUGACAGUCAGGUGAGAGAAUUUAGGUAUUCAGUCAACACACAAAGGAACGCUCAGAUGGUUCAAACCCUCCUGUUCUCUGGUCUUUUAUUUGUGUGUCCAGUACAGGCUGCCUUAGCUGAGCUUAGCGUGAAGCAUGGAAAACAUCGAACUACUUGUCUGACUCCAUGAAAGGAGUGAAUGAUAUGUUAAGGUUGUCGGAGGAGGACUGUUUAGUGUUUCCCCUGCUUCCAGUCUUCAUGCUAAGCUAGGCUGGACACUUCUCGGUACGGGACAAUAACUUUAGGGCCUUCAGUUGGUUCCAGGACUACUUGAUGUGGGCUUAGGGGUGCUUAAAGAGAAACUAAACCCCUCAGUCAAUUUAAAUAGAUAUUUAGAAGGUCCAGAUCUUGACAUUUUAGUGGAAAGUAUUUAAAUUUUCUGUUUUGUGUUGUUUUUUUAAUUUCAUGGAUAGCUGAAGUUGAGUCACAACUCUUGGGUUUAGUCACUCUUUCAAUAAUAAUUUCAGGAGUCCUUGAGGAGGUGAUUUGAACAUUGAGGAGUUCCAGGUGGGGCUGCCUGAUAUAAAUACUUGAUCACAAUAGAAAUGUUUAAUCAUUAAAAUUUUUUAUUAUACUAUUAAAUAACCUUUAAACAAACUGUAGAAACAAAACUUCUUUUACACUCAACAGAAACAAUGACUGAAUACAACAUAAUAAAUAUCGACUGACAAAGGCAAGUAUAAAUAAAAAGUUGUAAUAAAAAGUUCUCAUGGUCAGAGAGAAGGUUUGAGAAGACCUUCCGGAGCUCACAAAGUGCUUGGAAAAGUUUAGUGGUUCCAGGAGUGAAACUGGAAAACAGGCGACAUGCUAAUUUAUGCUGAUACCUGGCUGGGUUGGUGUGUACAAAUCUUAAAAUCCCUCCAAUCACACAAAUUCUCUCUCUUUGAUGUCACAUCCCUCAGCUAAUCAUCAUCAUCAUUUCUUCUGUGUUUCUGAACACUGACGUGCUGUUGCCCCCCCCCGUCCCAAUCCCAGCGAUCAUUAAAAAUCCCAGAAUGCUGUUUGAUACUCGGUGCCAAACUGGACUGUUUCUCUCCCUGCUUGUGGCUGUUUAAGUGCUUUGUACCAAUAAACUUUCUCUUGGAUCUGAA